AUGGAGUUCUCUGACAAGGAACAAAGUUCCCAAGAGCUGGAUUUAGAGGACAUAACCAGGAAAAUUUCAGUUCUUGAGAAAUGGAGGGAAAUCUUUAGUUUUCAUCGGUUGGGAACCAAUAAUACAACUCUUCAGGGUCAUGAAGGCAAACAUAUAUCUGCUGAUGAAACUGAAGAUGCAACAGGAAUAUCUCAGCCCAAAGGACAAGGAUGUUUGCCAUCAAAUAGCCUUUGUUCUAUUUCCAAGCCCUCUAUCAUCUCUCCAAAAUUGGGCGGCUUUCCUAUCUCCUUAGCAAUGGCCACGGAGCUAUGGCAGAGCCUCUUUGGAAAUACAGUCCAUAUCUUCAGCUAUGAUUGGAAAAAGGCCUAUUUCAAGUUCCAUGAACCUUUUUCUGACCUGGCUUUUGUUUUGGAAGUGGGAAAGGGAGGUGUCCGAGCCAUUCAGAUGGCUGUGCAAGCAUUCAUCAUCAAACACUUACUGUUCAAAAGGAAGGGGAAAGACUGUAACGUUCACAGUUUAUGUGAAAUAAGCAAACAGGAACAGAAGGAAGUGCUGGCUGUGGUGCUAGCUGACAUCCUGUGGGCUGCAGGAGCUGCUCAGAAGGCCACCAUCUGUCUUGUCACUGAAGAUACUUACAUUGCCUCAACUGCUGACUACUCUGGGGAUGAUUUCACUGAGCGGCUCCAACUGUUUGAAUUAUUAGAGAAAGAAGCCACUGAGAAAUUCAUCUAUGAUCAUUUACAAUAUUUCAGAGAGGAUGGAAGCCAUGGUGUCAUCCUGUUUCUUUACAGUCUGCUCUUUUCCAGAACAUUUGAAAGGCUUCAGAAGGACUUAGAUGUCACCACCACUCAUCUGCUACAGUCAAAUGCUGGAGGCUUCCUGUGCAGGCAGGCAGUUCUGAACAUGAUUUUAACUGGAAGAGCAAGUCCAAAUGUCUUUAACGGCUACCAGAAGGGAAAGUCUCAAGAACUCUUACAUGGAGUCCUGACCCGCAGUGAUGUCGGUUACUUGCAGUGGGGCAAGGACACUUUGGGGGAUGACAGACCCUCACAGGUGGGCAGCAUGCUGAAGACUCCCAAAUUACCCAUUUGGCUGUGCAACAUCAAUGGAAAUUAUAGCAUCCUUUUUAGCACAAACAGGCAGCUCUUAUCAGACUGGAAAAUGGAACAUCUCUUUACUCUGUACUUUUGCAGUGGCCAGCCCUUGCAGAAAAAGCCUGUGCCUCUUACAAUAGAUACUCACUCCCACUACUGGGAAAAGGACCAAAAUGGAGACAAACAUGCACCAGGAAGACGGUUUUCUCCCAUCGAGAUGGCAAUCAGAACCAAGUGGAGGGAGGCCACCAUCAACUGGAAUGGGACUGCUCCCUUUUCCUAA